AUGAAGAAAGCUGCGCCCGCGACAAACGCUGCUCGAGACGCCGCAUCUCACGAUCAUAUGCUCCAAGGAGGCCAUGCCAUCAUGAAGGACGACCCGGAGGAUUUCACCACUUCCAAGGCUUCCGAGAACAUGUCGAAGCAGUCUGGCCUUGGGGGGUCCAAGCCGAGCAACAUGCAAGGCAGCGCCGGCACUGGCGACAGCAUGAGGCAGCGAGACACGCAAAGCCAUGAUGAGUGA